AUCCAGAGUUAUCUGAUGUGUACUAGUACUAAGAGUAGUGCAGCAGCAGCAAAGGUUCAAGAAGUUAGAGAAAUCACUCGAAUAGAACGAAUUGGUGCUCAUUCACACAUUCGUGGUCUGGGACUUGAUGAUGCCUUGGAACCACGGCAAGUAUCACAAGGAAUGGUUGGUCAGCAGACUGCAAGGAGAGCUGCUGGAGUCAUCUUAGAAAUGAUCAAAGAAGGCAAGAUUGCUGGAAGAGCUGUACUGAUUGCUGGACAACCAGGAACAGGAAAAACAGCUAUAGCAAUGGGAAUGGCUCAAGCCUUAGGUCCAGACACCCCAUUUACAGUCAUUUCUGGGAGUGAAAUAUUUUCAUUAGAAAUGUCAAAGACAGAAGCUUUGAUGCAAUCUUUCCGGAAGUCAAUUGGUGUUAGAAUCAAGGAAGAAACUGAAAUCAUUGAAGGAGAGGUUGUGGAGAUUCAAAUUGAUCGACCAGCUACUGGCACUGGAGCCAAGGUAGGGAAGUUGACAUUAAAGACUACAGAAAUGGAAACCAUAUAUGACUUGGGUCAAAAAAUGAUUGAAUCUCUCACUAAAGAAAAGGUUCAAGCUGGUGAUAUCAUCACUAUUGACAAAGCUACUGGAAAGAUCACCAAACUUGGUCGAUCAUUCACGAGGGCUCGUGACUAUGAUGCUAUGGGUCCACAGACGAAGUUUGUGCAGUGUCCAGAAGGUGAACUACAGAAAAGAAAGGAAGUCGUUCACACUGUCACUCUCCAUGAGAUUGAUGUUAUCAAUAGUCGAACACAAGGAUUUUUAGCUUUGUUCUCUGGAGAUACUGGAGAAAUUAAAGGAGAAGUCAGAGAACAGAUCAAUGCCAAGGUUGCUGAAUGGAGAGAAGAAGGUAAAGCAGAAAUUGUGCCAGGUGUCCUUUUUAUUGAUGAAGUUCACAUGUUAGACAUCGAAAGCUUUUCUUUCCUUAAUCGUGCUAUGGAAAACGAUCUUGCUCCUGUCCUCAUCAUGGCUACCAAUCGAGGUAUCACAAGAAUCCGUGGGACAAACUACCAGAGUCCCCAUGGAAUUCCCAUUGACAUGUUAGACCGUCUUGUCAUCAUAUCAACUACUCCAUAUGAAGAGAAAGAAAUCAAACAAAUUCUUAAGAUCAGAUGUGAAGAGGAGGAUGUGGAGAUGAGUGAUGAUGCACUGAUAGUGUUAACACGCAUCGGUAUGGAAACAAGUUUACGUUAUGCCAUCCAGUUGAUUACAACUGCUAAUUUAGUGUGCAGGAAAAGAAAGGGCACGGAAGUGUCAAUAAAUGAUGUGAAACGGGUCUACUCACUUUUCCUGGAUGAAUGUAGAUCCACUCAGUUUCUUAAGGAAUACCAACAAGAAUUUUUAUUUAAUGAAAUGAAUGCCGAACCAGGUUCAGAAACCAUGGAAACAAGCUGAAUAUAAGUGGUGUCACACCUCUGAUGAAUCAAGACUCACCUAUGCUCCUCAGAUCUAGUGUACUUUCCAAGUGACUGUUCUCUGAGCUCUGAUACAUAGCUUCUUGUAGAGCUUUCAACUGAGAUUUUGUCAGUCUGAUGAUCUGAGCAUUUUCUGAGCCACUGAUGUUACUACCAGUAGUUGAACGGU